GCCGAUUAAUAACAAACUUGACAGCUGUCAGUUGUGAUUUUUCUUGGGUUAGAUAACGCAACGGCACGAAAAUGGCCUUAAAAAAGGACUUUAAGCUGCUAGUGAAGCCGUAUUAUCUGAUAAACAUAUUGAUGAGCCUUUCGUACGUCAUUUUAAAGAACAUUCCCGGGGUGUGCAACUUUAUUUUUCGCACGGACGUCUGCGAAUUCGAUGGUCGUGAAACGGAAAUCUUGUUCUUUCUGGUUGUGGUCGUGAUGAUUAGGUCGCGCAAAUCAGGAAGUGUGACCAUGAUUAAUUAUCUUUCGGCGAGUUUUGUGUACACAAAGAUAGCCAAUUGUAUUUUGUGGUAUCAUGCAGAUAUUUAUAUGGGGGCAGGUUAUACCUUAUUAUUUUUAAUUAUAGCCAUUUUAUUCCCUGAACCAACAUAUGAUGGACCUUCAAAUGUGGUUUAUUUUGGCAGCUCUAAACACCUUGAGAUGGAGCUCGAAAAAGACCCGAGAAUCGUUUGGAUUGUGUGCUUUUACACGGUAUGGAACCCGUUGUGCGUGAAUUUGGCCCCAGUGUUUGCCGAAAUAAGCGUCAAAUACAACUUGGAUUUGCUUAAGUUUGGUAAAAUCGACUUGGGAAGGUACCCUGACGCCAGCAAAAGGUUUUUGGUCAGCGAUAGCCCCCUGAGCAAACAACUACCAACUAUUGUUAUGUUUAAAGAAGGCAAAGAAGUAUCGCGUAGGCCUACUUUCGACGUCAAAGGGAAGUUGAUGAAGUUUUUGUUCUCAGAACAAAAUAUUGUUGCAGCUUUUGACCUAAACAACCAAUAUGAGAGUUGCAAAAAAGAGGCCAAAGAUGGCAACAGCAAAAAAUCUCUCAACAAAAAAAAGAAUUAAUGGAAUCAAGUACAAAUUUUGGCUCGUUUUUUAUUUUUAAAAUUCCAAGAAGAUAUUUGCUUUCAAUUCUUUUGAAUUCGCAAAAUUUCAGGAAAUUGGAAUGUAGAUAGGUGUUCAUCGAUUUGUAAUCUGGGUUGCAUACCUACAUAAUUCACAACCUGUAUAAAAAACGGACUUUAUUAGAAUAGCAAUAAUUUAUUUUGUGUCGUCAAUUUUUUUCGUUUGCAUUCAUAGUAUGUAGUAGUUGAAAGUUCAAAGAAUUCUCUAUCUGUCAAAUUGACAGAUGUCAUGACGUUUUUAUACUUGUUAUUUUUUUUAUUUUGUUUCCGUACUAUUUUUAUAAAAUAGUUUUGAAAUGUUGUUUUUGUCUUGGAUAGAAUAUAAUGUAGGAGUGACUUUUGAUGUGUUUAUGUAAUUUAAGAAAUAA